AUGAGCGAUAAUAAUAAUUAUAAGCUAACAAAACAUUGUGAGAUAUGUGAUAGCGAUAAAGCGACAGGCCGUCAUUUUUCAGUCACAACUUGCGAGUCGUGUAAAGCAUUUUUCAGACGAAAUGCCUUCAAAGGAAUGUGGUUGAAUUGUCCAUCAAAUGGCAAAUGUGUGAUAACAGUAACCACAAGAAAAUUGUGUCAAAAAUGUCGUCUAAUUAAAUGUUUGAACGCAGGAAUGAAAAAAGAAAUGGUAAAAACAGAUGAGGAACGGGAGAUAAAAAAGAAAUUAUUAGAAGAAAAACGACAGAAAAAGAUACGACGGGAACAACAAAAACAACAACAAUGUUAUGAAAACAUCCGUUCAGAGGAAAGGUUGAUAACUACCGAUUUGACACAAUCACCGACAACAACGACAACAACAAUAACAAUAAAAAACACCGAUUAUGACAAUACAGAUAACGAUAGUCUAUGGGAACUGAUUGACAGUUCGUUAAAUUUUAACAAUGAUCAGCUCAGGGAUCAGAUUAUGGAAAUUGAAAAUAGUAUUACUAUAACUACUAUAGUUGACAACGACUCGGCCGAUACCAACAACAAACUGUAUGAUGACUAUAGCUUAGAAAAACAUUCAUUAGUACCGGUCUAUUCACAACUGGUAGACCAUCAAGGGUUGAACCAACUGGAAGUCAACCGUAUGUCAGAGUUGCUUAACUCGCUAUCAGUAUUAGACUAUCCAGUUUUCAAGGAUAACAUUGUACGGGUGACCGACUUGACUGAAAUUAUACGACUGUCCGGACUCCGGUCGGAGCUAAUGGUCAAAGAUAUUGUCUCGUUUACCAAAGGAUUGGAGUCAUUCAGGACCUAUUGUUUGGACGACCAGUUGUCACUGAUAAAGCACGGCUUCUAUGAUAUAUUGAUGCUCAGAUCCCUGAGCUGUUACGAUAAGGAUCUACAUAAUUUUGUAUUACCAGUGGAUGAUAAAAAAUCCAUGAUUAUCAGUUUGGUCUCUUUUAAGAAAUUUAAUUUAGACUAUCUUGGUAAUUUUAUGCAAUUAUUAAUGAAAUUAAUGAACCAGUUUAUGCCAUUUUGGAAACAUGAUAAAGUCAUAAUGGAUUUGAUGACGGCAAUUGUAUUCUUUGAUCCGAACCGACCAAAUCUCAAACACCGUCACAAUAUAAAACUGGACCAACAAUUAUAUAUAUAUUUAUUGCAACGAUAUCUACGAUUGAAAUGGGUGUCCGACUCUGAGUCUGGUAUCCGAUUAUGUCGUCUAAUGACUUCAAUGGGUUUGUUUCAUGUGUUAACCGAUUAUCAAAAACAAUGGGCAAUGGGUUUAAGUAAAAAUAUAGUCAAACGUUACGGCCCACUGGCCCGGGAAGUGAUUUGGCCCCAGUGUUGA